AUGUGUCUCAUUGGGGGUGAUGGAAGCAGGGGCAGGUACGACCACGGUCCAGGAGGCAAACCACGACCACCUAUCAAGCCACAGCGUGUGACAUGCUACAACCGUGGUAGCAAAUGCUUUUUGAAAUAUGUAACAUGCCCAGUUCAGUGUCCCCAGGUCCAACCUAAAGAUGGGAAAUCUAAGGGAUGCUUUCUUGAUUGUUACUCCCCCAAAUGUGAGGCUGUUUGCAGAGCUUCAACAGUCCGGCCUGCAGUCAUGAAAGCCGUAGUGAUCACCACUCCCGGCGAUCCCCAAGUUCUCCAAGUGCAAGAAGUCGAAAACCCUGAAAUCGGAGAUAAUGAAGUUCUAAUUAGAGUGGAGGCCUCUGCUCUUAAUCGAGCGGAUACGCUUCAGAGGAAGGGCUUGCAUCCUCCCCCCAAAGGCAGCAGUCCCUACCCCGGUCUCGAAUGUUCUGGAAUCAUCGAAGCUGUUGGAAAGGCCGUCGUCCGAUGGAAGGUUGGCGAUCAGGUGUGUGCUCUUCUUGCUGGAGGAGGGUAUGCUGAAAAAGUGUCUGUUCCAGCUGGGCAAGUUCUUCCUGUCCCAUCUGGUGUUUCCCUGAAGGAUGCUGCUGCUAUUCCUGAGGUUGCAUGUACUGUUUGGUCAACUGUUUUUAUGAUGAGCCGGCUAACUGCAGGAGAAACAUUUCUGGUGAAUUUUCGGUCUCUUUUAUCUUCUGGAAAUGAAGAAAAAUUAGCUGUUUGCAAGGAUCUUGGAGCAGAUGUGUGCAUCAAUUACAAGACUGAAGACUUUGUUGCACGGGUGAAGGAGGAAACAGGAGGGAAAGGUGUUGAUGUUAUACUGGAUAAUAUUGGAGGAGCCUACUUUCAGCGAAAUAUCGAUAGUUUAAAUGUUGAUGGGAGGCUUUUUAUUAUUGGUUUUCAGGGUGGAACAGUUGCAGAAGUAAAUCUUUCAGGUUUACUUGCAAGGCGCCUUACAGUGCAAGCGGCUGGUUUGCGAAACAGAAGUCUGGAAAAUAAAGCUGCAAUUGUGAGUGAGGUGGAGAAGAAUGUUUGGCCUGCAAUCGCGGCUGGAAAGGUUAAGCCUGUGGUGUACAAGUAUUUUCCAUUGACGGAGGCAGCAGAGGCUCACCAGCUCAUGGAAAGCAGCAACCAUGUUGGGAAGAUACUGCUCAUUCCAUGA